CCUCCCUCCUUCUAACCCCAGCCCUCUGGCAGAACCAGGAAGUCCCUCCCCUUCCCACAAACUCUCUUCUAAGGAAACAAAACUGAUCUGAGUCUGUCUGUCGUCUGUCUGUGUGAGAGUGAACAACCGUCCAAAUGGCUCAACAGGGAGUUCUGCUGGACCAGGACCAGUUCUGUUGUUCUGUCUGUCUGGAUCUACUGAAGGAGCCGGUCACUACUAUCUGUGGACACAGUUACUGUAGAAUCUGUAUUGACGGCUGCUGGGACCAGGAUGUUCUGAAAGGGGUCUAUAGCUGUCCUCAGUGCAGAGAGACCUUCACUCCAAGGCCUAAUCUGAGGAAAAAUAACAUGUUGGCUGAGCUGGUGGAGAAACUGAGGAAGACAGGACUCCAGGCUGCUCCCCCUCCUGCUCUGUGCUAUGCUGGACCUGGAGAUGUGGCGUGUGAUGUCUGCACUGGGACCAGAAAGCAGAAAGCCCUCAUGUCCUGUCUGGUGUGUCUGGCCUCUUACUGUGAGACUCACCUCCAACCUCACUAUGAAUCUCUUGCUUUGAAGAAGCACAAGCUGGUCAAAGCCACGGCACAACUACAGGAGAAGAUCUGCUCUCAUCAUGACAAACUGCUGGAGGUUUACUGUCGUACCGAUCAGCAGUGUAUCUGUUAUCAGUGUACAAUGGAUGAACAUAAAGGCCAUGAUACAGUGUCAGCUGCAGCAGAGAGGACUGAGAAACAGAGGCAGCUGGGGAUGAGUCAGCAGAAGGUCCAGCAGAGAUUCCAGGAGAGAGAGAAGGAGCUGAAGAAGCUCCAACAGGCUGUGGAGUCUUUCAAGUGCUCUGCACAGUCAGCAGUGGAGGACAGUGAUCAGAUCUUUACUGAGCUGAUCCGCUCCAUUGAGAGAAGGAGCUCUGAGGUGAAGGAGCUGAUCAGAGCCCAAGAGAAGGCUCAAGUGAGUCAAGCUGAAGGACUCCUGGAGCAACUGAAGCAGGAGAUAGCUGAGCUGAGGAAGAGAAGCACUGAGCUGGAGCAGCUCUCACACACAGAGGAUCACAUCCAUUUCCUCCAGAUUCCUGUCAUCUCACACUGGACCCAAACACAGCACACACAGACCUCUCUCUGUCUGAAGGGACCAGAAAGUAUCAUUGAUCAGCUUGUUGGCUCGGUCCUAAUUGAUGUGUUCUCUGUCACCUGGAACUGCAUGGAAAAUGGUCCAGGAACUAAAGGACAAUUCAGGACUAGUCAGCCCACUACAAGCUGGUAUCACUUACUUUCUACUAAACUAUAUGGUCUGGUUUCCCAGACACAGAUUAAUCCUAGUCCUGGACUAAACAGUAUGUUCAAUGUAGAUGUCCAGGAAACCGGCCCUAAAUGUGUCAUCUUUCAUCCUCCCAUACUGCUCAGUCCAGCAACAUUAAACCUGUCCAGCAGGUGGUGCUGUUGACCAAACAAUAAAACCAGCAGAUAUCUUGACUUGCCACUCAGUAUAUCAGUAAUGUUCAGAAUAGUACU